AUGUCAUACAAUUACAUUGUGACUGCCCAGAAACCCACAGCGGUUACCGCUUGUGUUACCGGUAAUUUCACUUCACCCAACGAUCUUAAUUUGAUUGUGGCUAAGAGUUCCCGACUGGAAACUUACUUAGUAACACCGGAAGGACUACGACCAAUAAAAGAAAUUGGUAUCAAUGGGAAAAUCGCGGUUAUGAAACUCUUCCGCCCAGCAGGUGAAACAAAAGAUUUGAUUUUUAUCUUAACACAUCGGUACAACGCCAUGAUCCUACAAUGCGCAGUGCAGGGAGAUGAUAUCGAAAUUAUUACUAAAGCACAUGGUAAUGUCGCAGAUCGUGUUGGUAAGCCGGCAGAAACAGGUAUUCUUGCGGUAAUAGAUCCGAAGGCUCGUGUUAUCGGAAUGCGAUUGUACGAGGGUCUGUUCAAGAUCAUUCCCUUGGAUAAGGACACAAACGAGCUAAAAGCGACCAGUUUGCGCAUGGAAGAAAUGCACGUGCAAGAUGUAGAGUUUUUGUACGGUACGGCGCAUCCGACGCUCAUUGUGAUUCAUCAGGACAUAAAUGGGCGUCAUAUAAAAACUCACGAAAUAAGCUUAAAGGAUAAAGAGUUUACUAAGAUCGCUUGGAAACAGGAUAACGUUGAAACGGAGGCGACCAUGCUGAUUGCUGUACCGAUGCCGCUGGGUGGGGCCAUUGUGAUUGGCCAAGAAUCGAUUGUGUAUCAUGACGGUGACAGUUACGUAGCGGUCGCACCAGCAAUUAUAAAGCAGAGUACGAUUAACUGCUACGCGCGAAUCGACAGUAAAGGUCUUCGAUAUUUGCUAGGAAAUAUGGCCGGCAAUUUGUUCAUGAUGUUCCUCGAGACGGAGGAGAAUACGAAAGGCCAGACAACUGUGCGGGAUAUCAAGGUAGAACUACUGGGUGAAAUAACUAUCCCAGAAUGUAUCACUUACCUGGACAAUGGUGUCCUCUUUAUUGGAUCGCGCCAUGGUGAUUCGCAGCUGGUGAAAUUGAACACCACCGCCGGUGAAAAUGGCGCUUACGUGAUGCUAAUGGAAACAUUCACCAAUCUCGCACCGAUCGUGGACAUGUGUGUUGUCGACUUGGAGCGCCAAGGCCAGGGACAAAUGAUCACUUGCUCUGGUAGUUUCAAAGAGGGUUCACUGCGUAUCAUUCGAAAUGGUAUCGGCAUCCAAGAGCACGCGUGCAUUGAUCUUCCUGGCAUCAAGGGAAUGUGGGCGCUGCGCGUUGGCAUCGAUGACUCGCCGUACGACAAUACACUUAUCCUAUCCUUCGUGGGCCACACACGUGUUUUAACAUUGUCGGGCGAUGAAGUCGAGGAGACAGAAAUUGCUGGAUUUAUCGGCGAACAGCAAACAUUCUACUGUGCGAAUGUAUCUCACGGGCAGAUCCUUCAGGUAACGCCUAGCUCGGCACGAUUGAUUUCAGUCGAUAACAAGUCCAUGACCUAUGAAUGGAAGCCACCAGAUAACAAGCGAAUUGGCGUCGUUUCCGCUAAUUCGACUCAAUUAGUCUGUGCUUCGGCGCAGGAUGUGUACUACAUUGAGAUACAUGAAGGCCAGCUGCUAUAUCAGAGUCAGACAACGCUUAACUUCGAGGUAGCAUGUUUAGAUGUGUCACCGCUGGAUGAUAAUGCAAGCCGUUCGGAGUUUGUGGCCGUUGGUCUGUGGACGGACAUUGCGGCUUGCGUACUAAAGGUGCCGACAUUGGAAUUGUUGCACAAAGAGAAACUCGGAGGAGAAAUCAUCCCUCGAUCGAUCUUAAUGGCUGCAUUCGAGGGGAUAAAUUAUCUCCUGUGCGCACUUGGGGAUGGUUCAAUGUACUAUUUUGUGCUAAACAAGAACACUGGAUCACUGUCGGAACAAAAGAAGGUGACCCUCGGUACACAGCCCACCAUCCUGAAGACCUUCCGGUCGCUUUCCACGACAAACGUGUUUGCUUGUUCGGAUCGACCGACAGUGAUCUACAGUUCGAACCACAAGCUAGUAUUUUCGAACGUCAAUUUGAAGGAGGUCAAUCACAUGUGUUCGCUUAAUGCGGAAGCGUACCAAGAUUCUUUGGCACUUGCAACUAGAAAUUCCGUCAUCUUUGGCACAAUAGACGAAAUUCAAAAGCUGCACAUUCGAACGGUGCCACUCGGAGAAUCGCCGAGGCGUAUUGCGUAUCAGGAGGCAUCGCAGACGUUUGGUGUUAUAACGUUCCGGAUGGACAUACAGGACUCAAGCGGCCUCACACCCGCGCGACAGAGUGCCUCGACCCAAACAAACAACAUCACGCAAUCGAGCAGCAUGGGCUUGUUGAAACCUGGUGCUAGUAGCACUGAAUUUGGACAGGAAGUGGAAGUCCAUAAUUUGCUUGUCAUUGACCAAAACACAUUUGAGGUACUGCAUGCGCACCAGUUUAUGCAAGCGGAGUACGCACUCUCAUUGAUGUCCGCCAAAUUAGGCAACGAUCCUAAUACAUACUACGUUGUUGGAACUGGAUUGGUCAAUCCAGAGGAGCCCGAACCGAAAAUAGGACGUAUCAUUAUCUACCGCUACGCGGACAAUGAACUAAAAUUAGUCAGCGAGAAGGAAAUCAAGGGCGCCUGCUACUCACUAGUAGAGUUCAAUGGACGCGUACUGGCGUGCAUAAACUCAACUGUGCGAUUAUUUGAAUGGACCGAUGACAAAGAUCUUCGAUUGGAGUGCAGCCAUUUCAACAACGUACUAGCUCUAUUUUGUAAAACGAAAGGUGACUUCAUUUUGGUUGGAGACUUGAUGCGCUCUAUCACAUUGCUGCAAUAUAAACAGAUGGAAGGUAGCUUUGAGGAAAUAGCGCGCGAUUAUCAACCAAACUGGAUGACGGCAGUUGAGAUCCUGGACGACGACGCUUUUCUCGGUGCGGACAACAGCAACAAUCUGUUCGUUUGUCUUAAGGACAGCGCGGCAACGACAGAUGAAGAGCGUCAACAGAUGCCAGAGGUGGCCCAGUUCCAUCUAGGAGAUAUGGUGAACGUGUUCCGCCACGGAUCUUUGGUAAUGCAAAACAUUAGCGAACGCACAACGCCCACGACUGGUUGUGUCCUGUUUGGUACGGUAAACGGAGCGAUCGGGCUGGUCACUCAAAUUCAGAGUGAUUUUUACGAGUUUCUAAGAAAAUUGCAAGAAAAUCUUACGAACACUAUCAAAUCCGUCGGCAAAAUUGACCCAUCAUACUGGCGUAGUUUUCAUACCGAGAUGAAGACAGAACGCUGCGAGGGUUUCAUCGAUGGAGAUUUGGUGGAAAGUUUCCUCGACUUGAACAGGGAAAAAAUGCGUGAAGCCUCGUUGGGACUUGAAAUCGACGUCGAAGGUUCAAAGCGUAAUGCCACGGUUGAUGAUAUAAUCAAAAUUGUGGAGGACCUUACCAGAAUACAUUAGAGUAAAGGGACGUUGGUGGAGGGCAAG